AUGUCAGCGAAAUCGACAAAAGGCCCCGGCGGCAAGAAACCAGCCUCAGCAGCAACAAACCUCGUCGCCGGCGGCGGAGCAGGCAUGAUGGAAGCUCUCGUGUGCCACCCCUUGGACACGAUAAAAGUGCGCAUGCAACUCUCGAAACGCUCACAGCGUGGUGGCACCCGUCGCGGCUUCAUCCAAACCGGCGUCCAGAUCGUAAAACGCGAAACCCCGCUCGCCCUCUACAAAGGCCUCGGCGCCGUCUUGACCGGCAUCGUUCCCAAAAUGGCCAUCCGCUUCACCUCGUACGAAUGGUACAAGCAAGCCUUGGCCUCCGAGUCGGGCGAAAUCACCUCGAAAGCAACGUUUACCGCUGGCCUCCUCGCAGGAGUCACCGAAGCCGUUGCCGUGGUGACUCCCAUGGAAGUCGUAAAGAUCAGAUUGCAGGCUCAACACCACAGUAUGGCUGAUCCUUUGGACAUUCCCAAAUACAGGAAUGCGGCUCAUGCUUUGUAUACUGUUGUCAAAGAGGAAGGCGUGGGUGCUUUGUACAGAGGUGUUUCGCUCACGGCGCUCAGACAGGGAACCAAUCAAGCUGCAAACUUCACCGCGUAUACCGAGCUCAAGGCUUGGUUGCAAGAGCGCAGCGGACACCCUGAAGCUGGGUUGCCUGGUUGGCAGACUGCGUUUAUCGGGUUGAUUUCUGGUGCUGUGGGCCCGUUCAGCAAUGCGCCGAUUGAUACCAUCAAGACUAGGUUGCAGAAGACCCCUGCGCAGCCUGGUGAGACGGCUAUUGGCAGGAUCGUGACGAUCGGAAGUCAGAUGUGGAAGCAGGAGGGUAUUAGGGCGUUCUGGAUGGGCAUUACACCGCGUGUCAUGCGUGUUGCUCCUGGUCAGGCUGUCACGUUUGCUGUUUAUGAGUACCUGAAAGAGAUAAUGGAGAGAGGGAGAGAUAUGCAACCGGGCGGUAGUUAUGAGGAGUAA